AUGCACGACACCACCCCCCAAUUCCAAGCGCUUUACGAGUCGAUGUUGACCUUUGUCAACACCUGCAUGUCUGGUCAUGAUCCAUCGCAUAACCCGGCACAUGUUCACCGAGUUGUGGCUCUAGCCAAUAUCAUUCUUGAUGCUGAGCGUGCACUCCACCCCAACACCGACUACGAUGGUGCGGUGGUCAAGCUCGCAGCCUUGCUCCACGACAUUGGGGAUCGGAAAUACCUGCAUACACUCACAGCAGAAGGUGAGAACGAAACGCUCGAGCCGACUACAAUGGUGCGGCAUGCUCUUGUCAAGCAUGGUGCCCCGGUGAAUCUUGCGUCAAAAGUACAGACGGUUGUGUCGCAUGUCUCGUAUUCAACCGAGACCAAGAAUCCAUCUGCUAUCCGGCAAUUGAUCGAUAACGAAAGGCUUAUCGAGUUGGCCAUUGUGCAGGAUGCAGAUCGUCUGGAUGCAAUUGGGGCGAUUGGUAUUGGCCGCACUUUUACUUUCCUAGGUGCCCAGGGGACGAAGUUUCUUGUGGAUGGAAAGUGGGAGAUGAAUAACUCCAUUGAGCAUUUUGGCGAGAAGUUGGAGCUUCUGGAAGGAAUGAUGAAGACGGAGACGGGAAGAAAGAUGGCCCAGGAGCGGACGGAGAGAUUGAGGAUCUUUCGUGGGUGGUGGGAGGAAGAGAUGGAGCUGAUUUCGGCCUCGCGUGUAUAA